UGAAGCUUUAAAAAAAAAAUAUAGCUUAGGCUGAAUCCUACGAACAAUUUGUUUCUAAAAUUUUGUUUGUAAUCUAAAAAAUUAAACUAAUUGUGUCAUUUCUUUCUAAACUUAUUGAAAAAACUUCUUGCUAAAAUCUAGAAUGCUUUUUGCAACAGCAGUACAUUAUUUUAUUUUGGAGUAAUAAAACAACGUUAAAAUAAUUGAGAAUGGCUGAAUAUUUAGCGGCUAUUUUUGGUACCGAAAAGGACAAAGUUAAUUGUUCUUUUUAUUUCAAAAUCGGAGCAUGCAGACAUGGUGACAGAUGCUCUAGAAUUCAUAACAAGCCAACCUUCUCCCAGACAGUGCUUCUUCAAAAUCUGUAUGUUAAUCCACAAAACUCUGCUAAAUCUGCUGAUGGGAGUCAUUUGGUAGUGGCUAAUGUAUCAGAUGAAGAGAUGCAGGAGCAUUAUGAUAAUUUUUUUGAAGAUGUCUUUGUUGAAUGUGAAGACAAAUAUGGAGAAAUUGAGGAAAUGAAUGUUUGUGACAAUCUUGGUGACCACUUAGUGGGCAAUGUCUAUAUCAAGUUUCGCCGUGAAGAAGAUGCAGAAAAGGCUGUAAAUGACCUAAACAACCGUUGGUUUGGUGGACGGCCAGUCUAUGCCGAACUCUCUCCUGUGACAGAUUUUCGAGAGGCCUGUUGCCGCCAGUAUGAGAUGGGGGAAUGUACUCGUAGUGGGUUUUGUAACUUUAUGCAUCUCAAACCCAUUUCAAGAGAAUUGAGAAGGUAUUUAUACGCCCGUCGCAAGGGCGGAAAAGGGCGUUCCCGCUCUCGCUCCCGCGAACGCCGCCGCCGUUCCCGCUCUCGUGAACGUCGUCGUGAACCGCCGCGUAACUCUCGCGCGGGUCGGUACUAAACGUCCCACAUACCACACACGUGUGCUGUUUGCAUAGAUAAUUUACCGAGCCUACCCAUACAAUUGUCUAUAAGCUUUUUCUAAGUAUAUAAAUGAUUAAGAUAUAUUAUUGUCUUUGGUUUACGCAAAUACACAUUUAAUAAAAUUUACUUUGAUGUUGCUAGAGCUUUUAAGCGAUUGUGGUCAGCAAGCAAUGAUAACAUCUACUAUUAGAUACCUUUUGAUAUUUACUUAAAAUGUUUUGUUUGUUAACAUACUUUUACAUAACUUAUGACAUUUUCAAAUUUAUCUUAAUAAUAAUAGAAACAUUUAUUUCUCCGAUUAAUUCGAUGAUGAUGCUAAUUGAAUCUUACGUUAAAAUGUAGUUCUUUGAUAUAUUUUCUUAGGAUUAAACUUUGUAGAAGGAUUAAUCCUAUUUAUAUUAGAGUGUUAACUUUUUUAUUUAACCUUAAACUUUCAAUUUAUUUUAAACAAUAUCUGGCUCAGUGAUACUUAACACAUGACCAACUCAUAGGUUCCAUUCCCAAUGGUAUAAUGAUGGUUGAUAACCUACUAAAGAAAUACUUUAUACCCCUUUUCAAUCUCCAAAAUAUAAAUAAGAUAACAAAUAACCAGUUCUAAAUAAUGUACAGAUAGCAAAGGUUUAUUAUUUAAGGGCACGUGUGUGGAUACAAUUUAUUUUCAUAGCAACAUUACUAAUAUAAUUUUUUCAAAAAUCAUUUUGUUUAAUAUGAAAUCUUUGAAAUAUGUUCAGAGUUAAAAGGGCAGAUAUGAAAAUAAAAAAAUAAGAUUAAAAUGUUUUAAUAGUACUUUGAAUGCGAUAAUUUUUUGUAUGUUAUGUGGAAUAGACAAAGAUUUAAACUUUUGUACGACUCGCCACUCAUUGGUGAGGACUAGGUUAACAAGAUUUUAAAAUUAUAAGUAUCAUUCCUAA